AUGGCGAUGCUCCAGUUCUUCCUCAGCUAUGGCAUUGCUAUAGGCAUAGCCCUGUCUGCUUUCUAUAUGAUUUCCAAGGCGAAGGUUGCUCUUCUUGGGCCGUUAUCUAAUGUCCCCGGACCGAUUGUUGCACGAUGGACAAACCUGGUGCUCAAAUACCACACCUUGUCAGGUCGCCGUAUACAGUAUUUGGACGCGCUAUUUUCACGUUACGGCGCCGUGGUUCGGGUGAGUCCCAAUGAAGUUGGCAUCAAUAGCCCCGAUGCAGUCCGGAUUAUACAAAAAGUAUCUGGUGGCUUUGACAAGUCUGCCUGGUACGACAUGACUGGCCCGGGAAUGCUUGGUAUGAGAGACCGUGAGAAGCACUCGCGACGGCGCCGACUCCUGGCCCAUCCUCUGAGCAACUCAUCCUUGCCAGCCUUUGAGCCGCUUAUCCAGGCGAAGGUGGACUUGGCCAUGGAUCAGAUGGAAACUGAGAACAGAAAGCUGGGGUACACCGAUGUCCAUAAAUGGUUCAGCUUUAUGGCUACGGAUAUUAUCGGUGAUCUAACCUUUGGCAGCUCUUUCAGAAUGCUAGAGCAAGGAAGAAGAAGCCAGUACGUGGAAGAUCUCCAGGCUGUCAUGCCCACAGUUCACAAACGCAUCGAGCUCGCACCAUUCUUUGACAUGCUCUUCUUGCUUCCGAUUCCUCAGAUCGGACAGGUCACUGCCAGGUUUCAACGGAUUAUGAGCUACGGGAGAGAGUCCAUUCGACGCCUACAGCUCGCCCAGCAGGCCGGAACGCUGAACACGCCAUUCUUCUUUGACAAAAUCAUGAAUCCAAAGGACAAAGAGAACGCCUUGACGGAUGUGGAGAUGGAGGAAGAGGCUGCGGAGCUCAUGGUCACCGGAACCGACACGACGUCAAACACAUUGACGUACCUGGUAUGGUCGGUCCUCAAGGAUCCAGCGAUUCGGAACAGGCUCGAGGCAGAGAUUGAAACGCUACCUGCGAAGUAUAAAGACUCUGACGUUUCCAGGCUGACAUACCUGAACGCUGUCGCUCAGGAGUCCCUGAGGAUGUACGGUGCUGCUUCUGGUUCACACUCAAGAGAUGUUCCACGUGGUGGCUGGGAGGUUGGAGGCUACUUGAUCCCAGACACGGCGACAGUUCUUACACAAGCAUACUCGCUGCACCGCCUUCCUGGGAUAUUCUCGAAUCCUAAUGUGUUCAAUCCCGACCGCUGGCUGAACGCUACACCAGAGAUGCACGGGUCAUUCAUUCCAUUUGGAGGAGGGCCUCGAAUCUGUGUUGGCAUCCAUCUUGCAUACAUGGAGCUGCGAUUGACGACGGCCGCCUUCUUUCGGAAAUUUCGAGGCGCGACGGUGCAUCCAUCUCUGACGGAUGAUGAUAUGGAUCUGGAGAACUACACGUUGAUAGCUCCAAAGGCACAUAAAUGCCUCAUCAAGUUGUAA